AUGGAUUCCCACAUCCCAACUCUACUCAUCACCACACUACUCCUUUCCAUAUCUCCAAAACCAGUACUCGGAGGCGAUCCCGACAUCCUCACAGACUUCAUCGCGCCGCCCAACUCGCCGCCGCCCAACGCCACCUUCUUCACAUUCAGCGGGUUCCGGUCCCUGGUGGCGGCGCCGGUCCCGGCGAAAUUCCAGGUCGUGAAGGCGACGAUGGAGCAGUUCCCAGCCCUGAACGGGCAGAGCGUGUCGUACGCGGCCCUGCUGUACCCUCCGGCGUCGGCGAACCCGGUCCACACGCACCCGCGCGCGGCGGAGCUCCUCUUCCUGACGCAGGGGGAGCUGGAGGUGGGCUUCGUCGACUCCGCCAACAAGCUCUACACGCAGACGCUGCAGGCCGGGGACAUGUUUGUGUUUCCCAAGGGUUUGGUGCACUUCCAGUACAACGCCGACGCUCAAGUUCCGGCCUUCGCCGUGUCGGCUUUUGGGAGCGCCGCCGCCGGCACUGUUUCGCUGCCCAACGCGCUCUUCAACUCCACCGUUGAUGACACUGUUCUCGCUCUCUCUUUCAAGACCGAUGUCGCCACCAUUCAGAAAAUCAAGGCAGGGUUGAAGGGAUAGAGACGGAGAAAUUAAUUAAGAGAUUUUUUUCGAUAUUUCGUUUGAAAUAUUUUUUGUUUAAACCUAAUAUGUAAACCGAGUGUGGUGUUCAAUUAGGGAAGGUGUUAAGCUUUUUUGAUGGAAUAACAGCUGCUUUUGACU